AUGCAGAGACAGCCGGUGGUUAACAUCGAAACUGGUAAUAAGAAACGGAUAUUGAAGAUGAAGAGUAAAGAGCAUGAACCGGUUACGGUGAAUGAAGCGAAUGACUAUCGAUCGAUGUCUUCCGGUGUUCGCGAGAAGACCGCGCAAUUGUCGGACACAGAAGGAAUCCCAGAUUGUCACACGAAUCGAUAUCGUAAGAACGCUAUCGGAGACUUUGGGAUGAAAUUCAGGCCGAUCUUCCGGCAGGGAUGCUCGAAACAUUGCACAGGGAUUAAAAGGGACGACUUGGACACCUCGAGAAAAGAACUCAGAAAUCUAUGAAAAAGAUAAGAAAAGUGUACAAGAACAUUGCCGCCCGGAGAGUAAUGGGGUUCAACUGCGACCUGCGCAAGUGUCCGAGCACCAUAAUGGAGUGCAGCACGACUUCCUGCACGAAGCCUGCCAUGCUUUUCACCAAGUAUCGCGGAAUGAAGGGAAAUAAUAAUACGACGAGGGACAAGGCCGAGGAAUGCGACAGCGUGAAUUGUCGCGCGGAAGGUACGGAUCAUGAAUUCAAGGUGCUGAAGGAUCAAUCUGUGGGAACGAACGUGGAAAAGGAAACGAGCACUUAA